AUGGAUUGUGGCUACAUCCUUGUGGCCAAGGAUGAAUUCAGCCAGUUUAAGUGGCUGUGGGAAUCUGACGUGGUGAACGCGCAAGAUGUGGCUCGUCGUUUGCUGCAAUGGUUCAGCGUUCUUGGCGUCUGUUAUCACUGGGUGAGUGACCAAGGAUCCCACUUCAAAAACGAGGUGAUUGCCGAGCUCAAGCUUGUGUUGGGCCGAGCGUUGUCGCCCUUGGAUCUCAUUCCAAUUCCCGUCAACAACUAA